AUGCUUUUGCAUCUAAGAAUAGCAGCAAUAGUAUCUUAUUGUUUGAUACAUCCGACUUUAACAAGGGACCAAGAUUUAAUCGAUGCAGAAGAAUUUGAGGCGCUCCGGCAAUCAGUCGUUUACAUGUCUACAUACAACUGUGACCUUUCACCUUCCGUCUGCCCUCCCGAUAACCCCAAAACGCGUCAUCCAACUUCCUGUUCGUAUACCAAUCGACGAAAUGCUCAGAUCAGGACCAUGGAGGAAAACGAGGAUUCAGAUGUGUUGUGUCUGCAGGGCGUAUGGUAUGCAAGGGAUGUAGAAGCCAUUGUAAGAAAGACUUCAUCAAACUUCCAGUAUUCAUACAGCUUUUUGCACGACAGCAAUGGGCAUUAUGAUGCCUCCCAGAAACUUCACCCGCCCUGUGAUGAACAAGAUGCCAUAAUCUUAAAAACUAUCAGCGAAUGUGAAUUUAAAGAAUGCCACUUCACAUUUGAAAGAACCAAAAUUUUCAAAUGCAUCGAAGACAUUUGCAAAAUAAAAAAUAUCUUGCAAAGAAUGUCAGAGACGUGUCUUGGUUGUAUAUUCCAGGGUACGGAGGAGGACAACUUCGCAGAAUGUACAAAAUCAACAUACGCUUUUAAUCCUACAGGGUUACUUAUUCUCAGUAAAUACAGUCUUCUAAGCCAUCAACGAGGUCUGUAUCAUCCAACCAAAACCUUUUACAAGGGAGGAAGGGAAAAGUCCUCUGAGAUUGUACAACGUGGUUUCCUAGAUGUAGAGGUCCAUCAUAUUGGGAGGGUAGUCUGCACACACUUAACGGAGAAAUUCGGAGACGAAUACGUGGAAGUUGCAAACAAAUUCAAGAGUUAUGAAGAGAAGAACUUCUUUGAGUUUGAAGCCCUGUAUACGAAACUCCUCAACAUUCCUAAAGUUAUCGUCAUGGGCGACUUAAACGCCAGUCCCGCCAUAACCAAGGGGAGUAUUGCAUCACAAUUCUCCGGGAACUUGGAAAUCUUACGAGACUUCGGAUACAAAGAUCCGGUAUCCGAUUCUUUCAAGAACAGAGAAGCCGAUUGUUCUUACUGUUGCGGAAAUGCCCUUGUUCGGAAACCCGACAUAGGUGUGUGUUCCAAGACCAGUUCAGCGGUUGGCUACAUAUUUGAUCACGUGAUGGUCAAAGGUUACAAUGUUUUCGAUACCCAAGAAGAUUAUCUGAAAAACAACGCAGCGUUUCGCAUUUUCUUGACGGACGAUCCAUUCUCCGCCAUGUCUAGACAUUAUGGAUUUACAGUGCCAGUUAUUAUUAAGUAAAGCACCUACCAUAUUUUCAAGAUCA